CUCACCACCAACUUUCUGUAUACUCCCUCGCUAGCACUUUGUGUUAACCCGAAGUUCUUCGGUAUUGGACCCUCAGGGAUCUUCCACCUGUCAAAGCCACCUCAAAAUUUCGUCCACGUUCACUGGUACCGAGGAGACCGCCACGCCUCAAAAGAGCCCGCCGAACUCGCUGUCUCAUACCUUAUACACUCCAACAUGGCAGAACAGAGCAUCAACAUACCACAAGUCAUCGUAUUCGCUGUCGUCGCCUUCCUCGUAUAUCGGUGGUACUCCAGCAAGCCCUCCGCAAAUGGCACGCGACCAGCUGCUAACCGCUCUGUGCGGAUAAACCCCGCCCAAAUCGACACAAUAGCGCAGAUGUUCCCACAACUAAACAGGAGGGAUAUUGCGUGGGACUUGCAAAGGAAUGGAGGAAAUGCAGCGGCCACAACGGAGAGAGUGCUGAGCGGGAGGUCUCUGGACAGUGCACCAGCAUCGUUCCAGCUACCCGCUACGUCCACAGCAGCUGCACCUAUACGACCAGUCGCGGCCGUCGCAAAGCCAUCUCAUCCCGACCUGAUCACACGCUACAACCUAUCCUCGAAGCUGAGUCAGACACCCGAACCAACAGAAGAGAAGCCCAGGGCGAAAGCUUGGAGUGCAGACCGAAACGAACGCCAGUCGAAUCUACAAAGGAAGAGGGAGGAGAUGAUUCUGGCUGCAAGGAGGAAGAUGGAAGAAAAGGAGAAGGCAAGCGCCUCAGGUGCCGUAGCGUAGCAACGCCCGCGCAGCUUAGAGAGAUACAUAAUACGUACAUACUGGUGCAGUAUACCGUAGAAGAAACUCAACAUCAC